GAGUUGACCCCUGAAGAGGCUGAGCAACAGAUGAACACUGGUGACUUCCGCGUGUUUUUGGACAACAGCUCUCGCCUCAUGGAGCGCGUUCUCAGUGUCAAAUACGAUCCACUGAUCGACUAUGGCGCAGCCGACGAAACAGAAAAGGAUUUGGCCCCUGAUCAAGCCGUGGGUGAACCCAAGCGCUUCAGUGACAGCCGUUGGACCAAGGGUCGUACUGUAACCUACAUUGACUGGUCUUCCAAGCAUCCCGAAUUGUUUGCGGCGGCUUACAAUGAGAACCCCGAUGCUCCGCACGAUCCUGAUGGUCUGGUGCUGAUCUGGAACACCCAUAAUCUCACCCGACCAGAAUACUACUUUGAAUGCCAGAGCGCCGUCCUCUGCUGCCGGAUAUCACCUUAUCAGCCCAACCUGGUAGCCGCCGGCACUUACUCAGGCCAGAUUGUGAUCUGGGAUAAGCGCUCCAACAAGCGCACCCCGGUGCAGCGCUCAAGCUUGUCCUCGAAUGGCCACUCGUACCCCGUGUACUGCAUGGAUAUUGUGGGCACCAUGAAUGCCCACAACCUGAUCACUGUGUCCACUGACGGCAAGCUUUGCAGCUGGAGUAUGGACACGCUCAGUGAGCCCGAGGACCGUAUGCUGCAGCUUGGCAACACCAAGCAAGCCACAGCCACGUGCAUUUCCUUCCCCCCGGGUGAUACCAACAAUUUCCUCCUGGGCACUGAAGAAGGCACCGUGUAUCAAGCGUCCCGUCAUGGUGCCAAGGCCGGCGUACAGACCGAUGGCUACGCCAUGCCGGGUUAUAUCGGACCCGUCACGGGCUUGCAACAUCACCCAGCGACUGGGAAUGGUGAAUUCUCCCAUCUCUUUCUCUCAUCAUCGACAGACUGGACCGUCAAACUAUGGUCAAUGCGCGACCACAUGGCUCUCAACGUUUUUGAUUAUUUCGACGAUUACGUUUAUGAUGUCAAGUGGUCGCCCGUGCACCCUGCUCUGUUUGCCUCUGUUGAUGGCACGGGCCAAUUGGAUUUUUGGAACUUGAACGGAGACAUGGAAGUACCCCUCGCCCGGGUCACUGUCCAAGGCCACAACAUUGCUCUUAACUGCCUCAGGUGGCAUCAGAGCGGCACCAGCGUGGCCGUUGGCGAUGCGGAUGGCACCGUGCAUGUUUAUGACAUUGGUGAUCGUCUGGCGUUGCCCCGCGCGGACGAAAACUCCAAGCUGCGUGAGACCCUCAACGACUUGCAGGCCGUCCGUGAGGACGUGGAUCGAGUGGCGGCGCAAUAG